AUGAAGUUUGGUAAAGUGCUGCAGCAGUCGACGCAGAUGUCGCCGAGCGCGUGGGGGCCCUACUGGGCCGACUACAAACUGCUCAAGAAGAUCAUUAAGGACUGCGCGCAGAUUAAGAAGGAGGAGAAGCUGCAGGGCGACAAACUGGUCAAAAUCAAGAUCAAGCCCUCGGCCAAGGAAGACAACGACAGUAUCCGUCAGUCGCAGGACGAGAUGAAUUUCUUCCGCACGUUGCGCGCUGAAAUUAAAAAGAUCGCCGACUUUUUCAUCCAAGAGCAAGCCAAGCACACAAGUCAGGUGGCAGCUAUUGACACGAGCUUCCAACAGCUCAAGACAAACCUCGAGUCAGCAGAAGCCAAGACAGCUCUCAUGAAGAAUUGCGUGGCGCUCUACAAGGAACUGCUGCUGCUCGAGAACUUUGCCGUGAUGAACUUUUGUGGUAUCUCAAAGAUUUUGAAAAAACAUGACAAGUGGACAGGAUACGCCACACGCAACAAGUUCAUGCACAUGAUCCUGAUGAAGCAGCCGUUUGCUACGUACGAGCCGCUGUUGCAAAUGAUCGACCACCUGGAGCAUAUUUUCAUGCAAGCCACGGGAUCCAGCAUCGAACAGCAUGAUGCACAGAAGUCGUCUUCUCGACGUAACGGCGAUGGCAACUCGUCCUCUUCAUCAUCAGGAGAGGCACCUGGUGGCGCAGGAUGCGCGUUUGGUGGUAAUGCAGAACGAGAUAGCGCGUUCUCGAGCAACAAUGGCUCAUCGAACCACCACUCGCCGUGUCACACACCGCCUGGCACUAGGGGUGGCCGUCGUGACGGACGCACAUACAGAGCCGCAGGCGAUGACACUUCCCCGCAAUUCGAAGACUCGGUGACGCUAGUGCGCGUGAAUGCGCUUCGAGACGAUGUGCGGGAGCUGAAAAAGAUUGAGUGUGCGUAUGACGGCGAUGGCGAGUAUGAGGAUAACCCGGACGACUCAGGUUUCCCAGACGAUGACGCUGAAGCACCUGCCGUGCGCUUUGGUGACCAUUUUCCGACUGGGCAAACGAGCGUCGUGCUUCCGCUGCCGUUGCAAGUUGCUCCAGCGGAGCCUCAUUCAGACAGCGAUGCUGCAGUGAUUGCAAUGCUUUCCAUGAAAGAUAGCGCAAGCGUGCAUGGAUCUGGAGUCAGCAGCGACAGUGGCGAUAGUACCACGAAAAGCCACCGUACGCGGAGUACGAAGCGCAAAGCUUGCGCACCGCUAGAUAUGGAAGGCAAGCGCAAGAUGAGCGUCACGGCAAUUCUCAACUAG